ACAAAGCGAAGAAAGAGUAACAAAUUUAAAAGAAGUUUUCAAUUAAUUUGUGAAAAUGUUAACUGAAACUUUCCUUGAUUAUCACGAAGACGGAAGCAGAAGGUCAAGUAUGAACAAAUUGUGCCGCCAAGUGUCAAUAGAGUCGCCGGGACUGUGCAUGAAGGAUUGCGUCUUCAAUUUCGAAGUGCCCGUGCCAGAUGUGCCAGCUAAGGGCGCAAGAAUUCGCGUGGUGUGCGCAGGAGCGUGCUACCGCAUGAGGAACCGUUCGUCCUCAGUGUCCAGCGUAUCGUCCGUAUCCAGCUCCGUAUCCGUGGAGGAGUCCGGAUACAACCCGGCCUUCUACGGCGUCAGAGACGGCGCGUUGUUUCCCGGCUACGAAGUUGCUGGAGUCAUUGACGAAUUGGGGGCGGACGUCACUCCGACAGCGGAACUGAGCGUCGGGACUAGGGUCGUUCUGUAUCCGUACGACGGGAUCCCGCAUGGGUACGCAGAGUACAUUGUCGUUCCGGAGUUGACCUACUUGGUGGCUCUUCCCGAUAAUCUUCCGCUGGGCGUGGCCGCGAUGCUUCCAAGCGGCGCACUCCUCGCCAAAAACGCUGUGAUCACGGCUCACAGCCACGUCAGCGAGUUGCUGAAGGAUCGCGCCGCAGACCACACCAUCAGAAUUCUGAUUGUGGGCACGGGCGGUUUGGCUCUGUGGGCCUUGAGAAUCGCAGAGCACCACUUCCAAACGCCCGAAUACGAGAACAGAGUCAAUAUCACAGUCGCCACUUUGAAGGACGAAGGUUUCCGUUUGGCCGCCGGCGAAUUAAAAAAAGUCAAUCUCGUGCAAUGGAAUGAGGAUUUGUACGAAAAGCAGCUGAUUGAAAGGACAAAGGACGCAUGCAAUGGUUUGGUGGACAUCGUCAUCGACUUUGGGACCACAUCCAGAUCUCUGCACAGGUCGCUGCAAUGCCUCAACUCCGGAGGAGUGGUGUUGGUCAGUGAGGACGUGGCUGAACGUUUGCUUCCGAAAUUCUCCAGGCUGAUCCACGAAAGAAACCAAAAGAUCGAACCGGUCGCUACUGGCUCCAUUGACCAGCUCAGAAAUCUUGUCAAAUACGUCGCGAAUGGAGACAUUGUACCUCCGCCCCACACGGAAUAUUCCGCGGACGAGGCCCAGUCGGUGGUGCAAAAAUUGUGCAUGUCCGAAAUCCCCGGAAGGGCAAUCCUCCGCUUCCACGAUAUUCAGUAAAUUUUAUACAGUAGAUGUAAUUAUGUGUCCUAAAAUGGAUCUAUAACCUCUCCAUUUAUGUAUUAUGAUCUUUCUCACCAAAUUCUUUAUUUGUGAUUUUUUAUUUUUUUUUAGUUUAACUACUAGUUUACUUUUUUUAUUAUUAUUAUUUUUUAAGUAUUUGUAUCUACUAAACGUGUAUCUAAUUUAUGCCCAUAUAAAAUUUUGGGCAAUUUACACAAGUAUUGUGAUAAGCUUUAUUUAAAUUUAAUAACCUAGUUAAGUUAUGUUAUUUGUAUAUUUAUAUCAUAUUUUUUUCUUUAUGUAAAUAUAAAUUAAAG